GAGAGCAUAUUGCAUGCUGAUACACGAACACUCCCAAUAAAGAUAUCUCAUAUAGGGUCAAUGUAAUCGUCUUCCAGUUCGUUUGGGAGUUGUCCUAUUUGCUAGGAUGGCAGAUAAAAUCGUCCAUUCCUGCUUGGUGUCGAAGAUUGCCAUCGCUCUAUCGAUCGUCAGUUUGUUGUUGUGCUGUGGUGUGUUCAUACGAACAGAAUUGGUGCUAAACGAGCUGUAUUCAAGAGACAUGAAGCUGCCAGACAAGAUGAUGUCAAAACACGACACGAACGGUGGCAUAGAUCGACUCAAUAAAGAUCAUGAUUUGAAGCGAAGAGUYGACAGAAAGAAACAAGAAUUAGAGCAAAAUGAAGAAAUUCCAAAAAGAAAAGUAAGGGAUGUUACAACAGCAGUCAACAGCACUCAUAAUCUCCUGUCUGAAAAAUUAUCAAAGAAAGUCCAUCAAGAGGUCAAAAAAGCAUUUCAAGCUCUCAAGUUUCCAAAACAGGGACCACCCGGUCCACAAGGAAAAGCCGGUCCAAGAGGACCGAGAGGACGCAUGGGUAAAACUGGACGUCGAGGAAAACGUGGAAAGAUCGGACUUCCUGGUCCCAGAGGAAUUCCAGGAACAAAGGGAGAUCCUGUUCCUUUAUCAGCACCUCCAACAGCAAUCAUUUCGCCAACACAUCUCAUCGUCAAUGAAAGCCAGUCCGCCAUAUUCCAAUGUUGCUCCGGUGGUUAUCCACGACCAACCGUCGUGUGGAGUAAAAACAAUGCUACUUUACCACACCAACGAGCAGAAGCUGGUUGCAAUGGAAAACUUGAAAUCAAACACGUGACCGCCAAUGACUCAGGAAUCUAUCAGUGUAAGGCUUYUAAUCUUCAUGGCAGCACACAAACAAACGCGACACUUCAAGUGAAUUUCCGCCCACGACUGACCUUAAACACACGAACAAUCUACAAAACGAUUGGCGAUAACAUUAAUCUACCUACGUGUCACGUGGCUGGAUUCCCUAAGCCAAAAAUCACGUGGUCCAAGGCUUUUGGUAGUUUGUCGAAAAGUCGUUCUGUUCUGAAAGAUGGAGGUAUUACUAUACUUAAUGCGAAGAAAGAAGAUUCCGGAGCGUAUGUUUGUAAAGCUGAAAAUAUUCUUGGUUCUGUUCAARGCUCUGUUGUGGUUAAUUUAACCGAUCUUCCUGUGUUUGUUGUCAAGCCUCCAUCUUCGUAUAUUGCCCCUCCUGGUUCAACCGUUAUGCUGAAAUGUUCCGCUAAAGGUGAUCCCAAGCCGUUCAUCAGUUGGAGAAAAGACAGCAGUCUUCUUCCUGCUGGUAGAUAUGAAGUGAAAGAUGGAUCUUUGAUUAUAAGGAACGUCAAGAAAACAGAUUCGGGUGUGUUUGUGUGCAAUGCUGCUACUCUGGCGAGUUCUGGCAUUUUUAAUAUAUAUGCAGGUACGAAAUUGACUGUACAACAUGCAAAAGAUUGCGCAGAUCUUUACAAAUCAGGAGAAAGACGUAACGGUGUUUACACAGUUCAACCCGACAACAAACGUGCCUUCAAAGUCUAUUGUGACAUGACAACUGACGGUGGGGGUUGGACUGUGUUCCAAAGAAGACAAGAUGGAUCGGUUGAUUUCUAUCGCAAUUGGUGGCAAUACAAAACAGGUUUUGGAAACCUGAAUGGCGAGUUUUGGUUGGGUAACGAUUACAUCCAUCGACUGACAGCAAGAACAGCAUCGAGUUUGCGCGUUGAGUUAGAGGACUGGGACAGAACCAGGAAAUAUGCCAAAUAUGGUAGUUUUAGUGUUGGUGAUGAAUCAGACAAGUACAGGCUGAGGGUUGGCUCGUAUUCAGGUACUGCUGGGGACUCGUURRYACSURSWCAUAWCAAYAUGGCGUUUAGUACAAAAGAUAGAGAUAACGACAAGUGGAGUGGUAACUGUGCUACAUUUCAUACAGGUGCCUGGUGGUAUAAUUCUUGUCAUUAUUCUAAUCUGAAUGGAAAGUAUCUGGUAAGCAAGAAGUAUACCGAAAAGGCAUUGGCUUGGCACGACUUUCAUAACCUCUAUAUUAGCUUGAAAAAGUCCGAAAUCAAGAUUCGUCCAACAAUCUUUUACAAUGAAAAACUUGAAAUCAAACACGUGACUGCCAAUGACUCAGGAAUCUAUCAGUGUAAGGCGUCUAAUCUUCUUGGCAGCACACAAGCAACAGCGAAACUUCAAGUGAACUUCCGCCCACGGCUGACCUUAAACACUCGAACAAUCUACAAAAAGAUUGGUGAUAACAUUAAYCUACCUACGUKUCACGUGACUGGGUUCCCUAAGCCAAAAGUCACGUGGUCUAAGGUUAUUGGUAAUCAGUGGAACUUUAGGUUGAAAAGGCUGCUGGGUCCGCGUUUUGUUCUGAGAGAUGGAGUUAUGACUGUACUUAAAGCGAAGAAAGAAGAUUCGGGGASAUAUGUUUGCAAAGCUGAAAAUCGUCUUGGUUCUGCUGAAGGAUCAGUUGUGGUAUAUGUUAUCGAUCCGCCUGUGUUUGUUGUCAAGCCUCCAUCGUCGUAUAUUACCCYUCCUGGUUCAACCGCAAUGCUUAACUGUACCGCUAAAGGUGACCCUCAGCCUGUCAUUAGUUGGAGAAAAGACAACACCCUUCUUCCUGCUGGGAAAUAUGAAGUGAGAGAUGGCUCUUUGAUUAUAAGGAAYUUAACGAAAACAGAUUCGGGUGUGUUUGUAUGCAUUGCAUCAGCCCUCGCGAGUGGUAAUAGCAUUUAUAAGAUAUAUGCGGAUACGAAUUUGACUGUACUACAUGUAAAGGACUGCGCAGAUCUUUACAAAUCAGGAGAGAAAAGUAACGGUGUGUACACAGUUCAGCCCGACAACAAACGUGGCUUCAAAGUCUACUGUGACAUGACAACUGACGGCGGGGGUUGGACUGUGUUCCAGCGAAGACAAGAUGGAUCGGUCCGAUUCGAUGGCAAUUGGCAGCAAUACAAAACAGGUUUUGGAAACCUGAAUGGCGAGUUUUGGUUGGGUAACGAUUACAUCCAUCGACUGACAGCAAGAACAGCGUCGAGUCUGCGCGUUGAUCUAGAGGAUUGGGACGGAACUAGAAAAUAUGCCAAAUAUGGCAAUUUUAGUGUUGGUGAUGAAUCAGACAAGUACAGGCUGAGGGUUGGCUCGUAUUCAGGUACUGCUGGGGACUCGUUAGCAUAUCAUAAUAACAUGGCGUUUAGUACAAAAGAUAGAGAUAACGAUAAAUACAUUGACGWGAGCUGUGCUCRMGGUGAUAUUGGAGCCUGGUGGUAUAAUCACUGUCAUUAUUCUAAUCUAAAUGGAAAAUACAUCGGUAACUACUCCUACUACACUGGAGUGAUUUGGCAUCACUUUCGUAAUUCUUAUAAAAGCAUGAAAACUUCUCAGAUGAAAAUACGUCCAUACAAUUUUUUAAUGUAAAUUAGCGCGGGAAACACUGGAAAAAAUCGUUCACUUUAAAAGGUUCUAAAUUUGAUGUAAAUAUUAUGUAAGUG